AUGGGAAGACAGGAGAUAGAGACAGAGACAGCUGAGGAGAGAGCUGAGGAGACAGAAGGUGAGCAGACAGCUGAGGAGACAGAAGGUGAGGAGACAGCAGAAGAGACAGCAGGUGAGGAGACAGCAGAUGAGGAGACAGCAGGUGAGGAGACAGCAGAAGAGACAGCUGAGGAGACAGCAGCUGAGGAGACAGCAGCUAAGGAUACAGCAGCUGAGGAGACAGCUGAGGAGACAGGUGAGGAGACAGCAGCUGAGGAGACAGUUGAGGAGACAGUGUGUGUGUGA